CAAUACUUUCCGUAUGAAAUGGGGCAACAAUAUCCUCAAUAUCGACUAGGAUGGAUAUACCCGUUGCCUAGCACUUACAAUUUUAAUGAUCGAGGAACUGCAAGCCCAUCUCCUUCAACCGCAAGUUCUAGCUCGUUGUCAGAAUCCUUUCCGUUCGUCGAAGACCGCUCAAUGCCGGAAUCAUCCCAAACUUCUUCGCGCCGUACAUCUUCCGAGAACAAGAAGGCCCAGGAACGAUGGACUAAAGAUGAGGAAAAACUGUUAGUCCAACUAUGGGCUGAAAAACACGAUCAGUUGGAAAGCAGAAAGUGCAGGAAAACGUGGUCCUGGAUCGCUGAGAAGAUUUCGAAAGCGCUACAGUCCAACAAGACGGCCGACAAAUGUAUUCGGAAAAUGAAGUACAUCAUAGAAAGAUACAAGAAUGCAAAAGAUUGGAACAAAAACCAAACAGGAGGAAACCUUAGGAAAUCCGUCUACUACGAUGAGGUCGAUAAGAUCCUUGGAUGCCGCGACCUAGUAACCUUCAAUAAUGUAGCCAAGGCGGGGAUCAGCGGCGAAAGUGCCCCCCAAGUUGUUGCUGAAUCAAGUGAUACUACUGGCGAGAACAGUACUUCAUCUAGCCCCAAUAAAUUGAAAAUAAAAAGGGUGAAACUGGGUGAGAAAAACCAUAUGAAGGGAUACAAACGAAAUGAGUUCUCUCUGACGACUCCGCCAAUUGAGAGAUGGGACGAGAGAGGUCGAAAUCCAUGGCGCGAAAAUCUGGAACAGACAUGA